CUCAGUUUUCAAAGGACUUGUCUGACCAGAACCACCGCCUAGGCCUGGGGGAGUCGGUGACAUGGGACGUUGCCUGGGAUGUAGGGGAUACCACAGAUCCUGUGGACGUCAUCUGGCUGCAUAACGCCGAGAUUCUGGAGGGAGGAGGCAGGUACAGAAUGACGCAAACCAGUAACACAGCGUCACUUCAAAUCAUCGACCUAACCGAAGAAGAUAGCGGCGCCUAUCAGUGCUCAAUAUCAAACCGGUACGGCAGGACAAGAAGCUCUGCAGAACUUCACUCGGGAGCUCCAUCCUAUGUGAGAAACAUUAGACUGACAGGCAGUGGGGACGGUUACGCUGUGCUAGACUGGGACCCGCCCCUAGAAUAUUACGGUGCUGUGAUAGGCGGGUAUCAAGUGCAGGCCAUCCGGAAGAACGGAGGAGACACGAGAACCGUUGAUGUCGGUCCUGCGGAGACAACAGUGCGGAUUGAUGGGUUAAAUGGCGACUCAGGUGGUUACACAUACCGGGUUCGUGCGAGGAGCACUGGAGGUAUAUGGGGUCCAUGGACGAUAUUUGAUGGAUUCAUUGUGGACCCCCCAGAACCCCGUGUCACCAGCCAACUGUUGACGUGGCUACUUCCACUGCUGAUUGUGCUUCUAUUGUUGUUGAUCCUACUGGUUAGAUAA